AUGUCAGAACAAACUAGCACAGAACCUCAACCACAAUUGGAAGACAACGAACUACCAACAAGAUUUGAGAUAGAACUUGAGUUCAUCCAAUCAUUGGCUAAUAUACCAUACGUCACCUACCUCCUGACACAGCUACAGCUAUGGAAGGAUCCAAAGUUCAAGAGAUACUUAAAAUACCUUGAAUACUGGUACGAACCGGAAUACGCCCAAUGCAUCGUUUACCCAAACUCGCUUUUCAUGCUAAAACUCCUAAAUACUUUAUUCGAAGGUUCUACCAUUAAUGACAACAACGUACUCGAGGGAUGCGAGCACAUACCAAGAAUACUACAGAGUCAAGGAACUCAAUGGAUGAACGAAAUGGUAGAAAGAUGGAGAGAAUGA